AUGUUUAUUUGUGAUUUCCGUCUUCUAGCAAUUCUGCAACGGGUUCUGUCAGCUUCCGUCACCGUGGACAAGGAGGUCGUCUCCUCCAUCGGCAAGGGCAUUUUGGUCUUGGCUGCCAUGGCACCGGGAGACACCGAGAAGGAGGCUGAUUCGCUCGCCAAGAAGAUCGUGAAGCUGAAGUUAUGGGAUGACGACAAUGGUGGCCGGUGGAAGCACAGCGUGCAGGAUAUCGGCGGUGAGAUUCUCUGCGUAUCUCAAUUCACAUUGCUGGCAAGCACAAAAAAAGGAAACAAGCCUGAUUUCCAUGGUGCUAUGGGCGGCGAUGAGGCCAAGAAGCUUUACCAAUACUUCUUUCAAAAGGUCCAGCAAGGUUACCAAGCGGAAAAGGUAAAAGAUGGUGUGUUCCAAGCCAUGAUGCAAGUCGCUCUCGUGAAUGACGGUCCGGUGACGCUGGAAGUAACUGCCAAUCCGCCGCCUCCUCCGCAGCCACCAUCCACAAAUGGAGGGGCUUCAUCGUGA